ACACAUUUUUACAUUGGCUGCUUGUCUGGUGUUCUCUUUUAUGUCUCAUUUAAAAACCGGCAUCUGAUUUCCUGUUCGUCACUUUGAGUUUUUCACCAAACACAUAUUAGGCAUUACAAAUUGCACAAAUCAACAUGUCCAUCAAUCUUAUUUUUGUUAUCCUUGCCAGUUUGUUGUGUUUGAGCUUUUGCGAUCUGACCGAUGAGUUGGACAUCGAAUAUACCCAUAAAAUUGAAGAAUGCGAUAGGAGGACGAAAAAAGGUGAUAUGCUCUUUAUGCAUUACUCGGGGAAAUUAGAUGAUGGAACUGAAUUUGAUUCCAGUUAUGAAAGAAAUGAGCCAUUUCAAUUUCAACUUGGAAUUGGACAAGUCAUAAAGGGUUGGGAUGAGGGUUUGCUUGAUAUGUGCAUUGGUGAGAAGAGGCGCCUGACCAUCCCCCCUCAUUUGGGAUAUGGGGACAGUGGAGCUGGAGACAAAAUUCCACCAAAGGCAACUUUAAUUUUUGAAGUGGAACUUAUCAAAAUUGAAGAUGGACCAACACCAGUGAAUGUUUUCAAGGAAAUUGAUAUGAAUCAGGAUCAGCAAUUGUCCCGAGAAGAGCUAAGUGACUACUUGAAGAAGCAGAUACCUCAAGCAGAAGCUGCAGGAAUUACCGAUUUGCCUGAACAAGACAAACUUGUGGAAGAUAUUUUCCAACAUGAAGAUAAAGACAGGAAUGGUUUUAUAUCUCAUGCUGAAUUUAGUGGACCAAAACAUGAUGAAUUAUAGAAACAAAAAUUAACAUAUGGUGUAUGGGUGAAAUGUUAUAUUUAUUGUGAAUUUUCUCUAAAUUUUAUAAACAUUUGAACCAUCAAGUAUUUUUAUAUGGAUAACAAAAGUGUUUUUCACUAAAAAAAUUAAUGUCAUAUGUCGUAUUUGUGCAAUAAAAUGGUUGUGAAUAUUUUAAAAAAGAUUUUAAAGCAUAUUAAUGCUUAGUUCAAAAUUUAAUUGUGCUGUUAAUAUUAUUUAAAUCUUAAUUUUGUAAUACUAAGAUUUUACGUUCAAUGCAAUUGUAAUAAAAUUUAAACCUUUGUAAAAAAAACUUAUUUCAAAUGUGCUGGUCACAAAAUCAAAAAUUCAUGUUUUAUAUGCAUAUAAAAGUCUUGAAUGUAAAAAAAAAACUUUCAUACUGCAAGUUCAUUUUUUAAAAAAGUAUUUCUGUAUAUUGCUAUAUUUUUAUACUGAAUAAAAAAAGGGUUUUUUAAGACUGA